AUGGCCCGCAGCUUAGACAGCGGCCUCCUCUCCCACACGGCCGUCAGCGAUGGUAAACAUCACAGACAGCAGCACCACAACUACACAGACAACUUCAGUGACUUCUGUAAGCAUCACAGAGAGCAGGAACGCAACUAUACAUACAACUACAGAGACUGUGACUUCUGUAAACACCACAGAGAGCAGCAGCGCAACUCCACAGACAACUGCAGGAACUGUGACUUCUGUAAACACCACAGAGAGCAGCAACGCAACUACACCGACAACUGCAGGAACUGUGACUUCUGUAAACACCACAGAGACCAGCAAUGCAACUACACCGACAACUGCAGGAACUGUGAUUUCUGUAAACACCACAGAGACCAGCAAUGCAACUAUACAGACAACUGCAGGAACUGUGACUUCUGUAAACACCACAGAGACCAGCAACGCAACUAUACAGACAACUGCAGGAACUGUGAUUUCUGUAAACACCACAGAGAGCAGCAACGCAACUACACCGACAACUGCAGGAAAUGUGACUUCCGUAAACACCACAGAGAGCAGCAACGCAACUAUACAGACAACUGCAGAAACUGUGACUUCUGUAAACACCACAGCGAGGAGCAACGCAACUACACCAACAACUGCAGGAACUGUGAUUUCUGUAAACACCACAGAGAGCAGCAACGCAACUACACCAACUGCAGGAACUGUGAUUUCUGUAAACACCACAGAGAGCAGCAACGCAACUACACCAACAACUGCAGGAACUGUGAUUUCUGUAAACACCACAGAGAGCAGCAACGCAACUACACCAACUGCAGGAACUGUGAUUUCUGUAAACACCACAGAGAGCAGCAACGCAACUACACCGACAACUGCAGGAACUGUGAUUUCUGUAAACACCACAGAGAGCAGCAACGCAACUACACCAACAACUGCAGGAACUGUGAUUUCUGUAAACACCACAGAGAGCAGCAACGCAACUACACCAACAACUGCAGGAACUGUGACUUCUGUAAACACCACAGAGACCAGCAACGCAACUACACCAACAACUGCAGGAACUGUGACUUCUGUAAACACCACAGAGACCAGCAACGCAACUACACCGACAACUGCAGGAACUGUGACUUCUGUAAACACCACAGAGACCAGCAACGCAACUACACCAACAACUGCAGGAACUGUGACGUCUGUAAACAUCACAGAGAGCAGCAACGCUACUACACCGACAACUGCAGGAACUGUGACUUCUGUAAACACCACAGAGAGCAGCAACGCAACUACACCAACAACUGCAGGAACUGUGAUUACACCAAACAUCACCUUCAGCACUGUACCAGCAUCUACAGAAUCAACCAUGCCUCCUUCAACAGUUGAAUUUUCAAGUACAUUACCAACUCCUCCAGUAAACACCAGCACUCCAUCAACAUCUUCCCCAUCAACCAUGGGUAGUACAACA